UGGAUGUGUAGAUGUGUAGCUGUGUGGAUGCCAGUGUGGUGGACGGUCCUGCGUGGUGGCGUCACAGUAAACACUUGUGUUAGCAGUUCAGGGGAUGGAUUGGUCUCUGUUGUGCGUUCAGCGCUAACUAACGGUGUUUAAAAAUGGCGGAUAAAAAGGGAAAACCAGCAGCUCCGAUCAAACCACUCACCAAAAAAGAACAAGAAAAGCUGAAGAAAAAGGAGGAAGAGAAAGCAGCAGAGGUUUUUGAAGAAUUCCUAGCAUCAUUCGAGGCCAGUGAGAAAAGCAGAGUGAAGACUUUUGUACAUGGAGGAAUUGUAAAUGCAACUAAAGAGGAGGAAGCAGCAGACGCCAAGAGAAGUAAACUGUACCGACCUGCUACCAAGUUUAGCCCUGCGCCUCAGCACAUGUCACCGACAUCUUCAGCUGAAAGUAAAAAAGCGGUAUUUAAAAAAAAGGCAGAUGAAAAGAAGAAGAGUAAUCUUGAGCUGUUCAAAGAGGAACUUAAGCUAAUACAAGAAGAGCGAGAGGAAAGGCAUAAAAAGAAGAAAUGUGACACUGGGGGAGGUGGAGAAGGGGGAGGAUCAGCAGAUCUGGACUUGUCAUUAUCGGGACGAUCAAUGCUGUACGAUGACCUGACGGUGCCCGUCACCACCAACAUCUACAUUAACUGCAUCAGUCCAAAGAUGAACGAGGAGAUGCUCUGCAGAGAGUUUUGUAAAUACGGCCCUCUGGCUAGUGUGAAGAUCAUGUGGCCCCGGACCGACGAGGAGCGCUGCAGGACUUCCAACAGAGCCUUCGUGGCUUUUAUGACCCGCAAAGAUGCAGAGAGGGCCAUGGCUGCGCUGGAUGGUAAAGUAAUAAUGGGUUUUGAGAUGAAGCUGGGAUGGGGCAAACCGGCCCGUAUUCCCCCUCAGCCGCUCUACACGCCGGCCGGGGUGAGAGCGGCGCCGCCGCCCCAGUCCGGUCUGCCUUUCAAUGCUCAGCCCAGAGACCGCUUCAGGAACGACUUCACCAAGCCGCUGGGCAUGUCCAAGACCGAGCUGGACAAGACUCUGUCCGAAGCCGUAGUCAAAGUGGUUAUCCCAACCGAAAGGAACCUAUUAUUCCUCAUCCACAGGAUGAUAGAGUUUGUGGUGCGUGAAGGUCCAAUGUUUGAGGCCAUAAUAAUGAACAAAGAGAAAAACAAUCCAGAUUACAGGUUCCUUUUUAAUAACAAAAGUCAAGAUCACGUGUAUUAUCGCUGGAAACUGUUCUCCAUCCUCCAGGGAGAGUCUCUUAUAGAGUGGAGGACGACAGAUUUCCGUAUGUUCCGGGGAGGCUCGUUGUGGAGACCCCCCAUCCUAAACACGUACUCUGAGAGGGAGGAUGAGAGAGAAGUGGAGGACGAGCUUCCUCCGGAGGAGGAGGUGAAGAAAGGCCAACUCAGAGCUGAGCACCGACAGAGACUGGAGAGCCUUCUGAAAGAGCUCACUCCCAGCAGAGACGACGUUGCCAAAGCCAUGCUGUUCUGUCUGGACCGAGCAGACGCAGCGGAGGAAGUCGUCGCACACGUUACCGAUUCCUUCUCCUUGCUUCAAACUCCCCUUCAAAUAAAGAUUUCUCGAUUGUACCUCGUUUCAGAUAUCUUGCACAACUCGUGUGCCAAAGUAGCGGGUGCAUCCUAUUACCGUAAAUAUUUUGAAACAAAGUUACCACAGAUAUUUAGAGACCUAAAUGCAGCGCAUAAAAACAUCCAGGCGAGGCUCCAGGCUGAACAGUUUAAGCAAAAGGUCAUGAAUUGUUUUAGAGCAUGGGAGGAGUGGGCCAUAUAUCCAGAGUCUUAUCUAAUCCGCCUUCAAAAUAUCUUCCUGGGCUUCGCCAAAGCGGUGGAGGAGGAGCCGGCGGCGGUGGAGGCUGUUUGUCGUGAGCUUGACGGUGCACCGAUGGACAGCGUGCACCUAGACGGGUUGCCUCUGGACAGAGCUGGGGGGGACCUGGACGGCUGCCCGCUGGGCUGGGACCCCCUGGACGGAGUCCCCGUGGACGACAUCGACGGCGUUCCUCUCGCUGCUUCCAUUGAUGAUAUUGAUGGAAUGCCAUUAGAUGACGGCAGCGGUCCUCUUCCCCGAGUCCCUCUGUCUAAAUGGGAGCAGGCGAGUGAGACGGAGACAUUUCCUCAAGCCAAAACUGAAUCCAAGUGGGACACCGUCAAGGAGGAAGAGGGUGAAAAUGAAGUCAAUAUUAGUUGCACGUCCCAGGAUGAAGACGAGGGCUCAGAGAGCGACAGCAGCGCCGGUUCCUGCGGCUCCCCCAACUACGACAGUGCAGGUUUCCAGAGCUCGCUCCGAAGUUUUCAAAUGUCCGAGGGUAAAAGGAAGAAGCUGAGGGAGCUGGAGGUAAAGGUUUUGAAGAUCCAGGAUGAGUUGGAAUCUGGCAAAAGGCAAAGGAAGCCUGGAAUGAGCAUCCAAAAACAAGUGGCGCACUACAGGAACAAGCUGCUACAGAAGGAGUUUCAAAAAGAUGAAAAGAACGAGAGGUCAAGGCCCAAAGACAGAGCCAAGGACGACAGGAAAAAUAAAGAAAAAAGCAAACGAAGUGACGAUGGCGACAGAAAACGGAGCAGUGAUUCCAGAGAGCCGCCCCGGAAAUCCAGGAGCAUCUCUCCCUUAAACAGGACGAGGUCUCCCAAAAGGUCCAAACACUCUCGCUCGCCGUCGCCGGAUCGAAAGGCCGACAAAUCCAGGUCCCGGUCGCCGCACCGCUCCCACAAGAAGAACAAGAAGAGCAAACACUGACAUUCAGCCGCCCACCGUCUCCUCCCUGGAGCUGCUGGUCCGUAUGAAGUCUGUCCCGCCUCCACCCGGCCCUGCAGGAUUCACCCUUUUAUAUUACCAUGUUUAAACACUGUAACUAAUUAUAUAUUUUUGUUUUCAUGUUUGUUUUUAAAAAGAAGAAAUGUUGCUGCAAGGUUCUGACACUAAAGAAAUAAAUCACUCUUGGUGAUGAAAA